UCAUUAUUUGUUAUAAUGUCACAGUACGGUACAGCAUAAUGCCUAAAAUGUCAAAAACACUUCUGCUUUUGUCCAGAGUCCAUCAAUUAUCACAUACUUUCAGAAGAAGAAGAAGACAACUCUCUGAUUUGCUCCGAAUCAAUAGAAUCUACUCCAUCUCCGGAGGCACCUGCAUCAACGGCACCCGGACCAUCCACCACCACCACCACCACCACCACCAAAAACAUACAACAAAAACAAAGUUACCAUUGCAAUAAAAGGGAAAAAGCGUCGCCCUACCAAACCAACCAACAAAAAACAUAA